AUGGCGGAGAGCAAAGAAACACAGGACGAAGGGAUAGGCAUAAUGCCUAGCGUCCCGGAACCGGAAGUGAAAAACAGCUUGGUGGAGAGUGAAGAGCCGAACGUCGAAAGGGGAGAACAAGCGACAAGCAACGUGGACCCGACUACGGCUUGGAAGAUGGAGAUGGCCACCUUCUUCCGACAAAUGAGGGAUGAAGGGCGAGUAAUAACCGAGGGAAUAUUGAAGGAGAACCGGGAAGGAACUGGAGGAGGUGCGAGGAAUCAGAGUGACUCAGUGGCUGAUCAAAUGUUCCGAACGAAAAUGGCAGCGACAGAAGACGGGGCCGAUAUGCGGACCUUUCUGAGCCUGGCGGAGCAGGAAUUUCGAGAAAUGAAGAUCGCAGAGGAUCAAUGGGGAUUACUGGAAUCGAUAUGA